AUGGGUCUUCCGACGCUGGAGUUCAGUGAUUCUUUCCUGGACAGUCCGGAGUUCAGAGAGCGACUGCAGUGCCAUGAGAUAGAGCUGGAGCGCACCAACAGGUUUAUAAAAGACCUCAUCAAAGAUGGAAACAUGCUCGUAUCUGCCCUCAAAAGUCUUUCUCUUGCAGUGCUGCGUUUCUCGCAGUCUCUGCAGGAGUUCCAGUUCGAGUGUAUUGGAGAUGCAGAGACUGAUGAUGAGAUCAAUAUAGCUCAGUCCCUGAAGGAGUUCUCUCAGCUUUUAAGCACCAUGGAAGAGGAGAGAAAACGACUGAUCCAGAAUGCUGAUGACGUUUUGAUCUCUCCACUUGAGAGGUUUCGAAAGGAACAAAUCGGCGCUGUUAAGGAGGGAAAGAAGCAGUUUGACAAGGAGACAGAAAGGUAUUACUCAGUCCUGGAAAAACACCUCAGCCUGUCUUCCAGAAAAAAGGAAACCCAACUUCUAGAGGCUGAUUCACAGAUGAGUAAGGACAGGCAGGUUUUCUAUGAUGCUUCUCUGCAGUACGUCUUCAAGAUUCAAGAAGUGCAGGAGAGGAAAAAGUUUGAGUUUGUGGAACCUUUAUUAGCCUUCCUGCAGGGGUUGUUUACAUUCUACCACGAAGGGUAUGAGCUGGCCAGUGAGUUUGAACCCUACAAGCAGCAGUUACAGUUCAACUUGCAAAAUGCUCGCAACAACUUUGAAAGUACCCGUGCUGAGGUUGAAAGGCUGAUGAAGAGGAUUCGGUCUGCUGAAGAAGACUUCAAAGCUCCCAGUAACUUCACCAUGGAGGGGUAUCUGUAUAUACAAGAGAAACGUCCUCUGGGAAGUGUGUGGACCAGAUACUACUGUACAUAUGAGAGGAGCUCUAAGAUGUUCACAAUGAGCAACUCUGAGAUGAGACCAGCGAGCAGACAGAACGGGGUGGUGAACGGCAGUCCAGAGAUGUUCCGGCUGCGCUCAUGUGUCCGAAGGAAGACAGAUUCCAUUGACAAACGCUUCUGCUUCGACAUCGAGGUGGUGGAGAGACAUGGGGUCAUCACACUGCAAGCCCUCUCAGAGGCCAACAGACGGCUGUGGAUGGAGGCUAUGGACGGGAAAGAGCCGAUCUACACCCUUCCCUCUCUACUCAGUAAAAAAGAAGAAACAUUUCUCAAUGAGGCAGGCUUCAGCUUUGUCAAGAAGUGUGUUGAUCUUAUUGAAUCAAGAGGCAUUACCAACCUGGGACUGUAUAGGACAGGAGGCGUGAACUCCAAAGUGCAGCGGUUGAUGACAAGCGUGUUUGCAUCUACAGCUCCUUCAGACAUUCAGCUGGAUGCAGAUACCUGGGACAACAAGACCAUAACCAGUGGUCUAAAGGAUUAUUUCAGGUGUCUGGCAGAGCCACUACUGACCUACAGGCUGCAUAAAGAGUUCAUCAGAGCCGCAAAAUAUGAUGACCAGACGUACAGAGUGAGAGCGAUUCAUGCCCUUGUACACAAACUCCCAGAAAAGAACAAAUCUAUGUUGGAUGUCUUAACUAACCACCUCCUUAAGGUGUCAUCUCACAGUGAUCAGAACUUAAUGACUGUGUCCAACUUGGGAAUGAUUUUCGGUCCCACGUUGAUGAGGUCGCAGGAAGAGACGGUUGCUGCCAUGAUGAACAUCAAGUUUCAGAACAUCGUAGUGGAGAUUAUCAUUGAAAACCACCACAAGAUCUUUGGCGAGGCUCCAGACCUGACAGUGCCACUGCCUCAGGCUCCGUCCUCACGGCCUACUCCCCGGAGGAGUAAGGCCAUCUGUCUGUCAUCUGGGAAGAGAAAGGCUCGCCUUUACCCCCCUGCACUCUGCCUGGCAGACAAUGACAGCGACACGUUCAGUAGCAGCCCCGACACGACUCCAAUGGGCAGCCGGGAGUCUCUGUCCUCUCACUCCUCUGAAAAGAACGGAUUGUCUCAGACGUCUCCCCCGUCCUCACCCACAACGACACAGUCUCCUCCUGCCGCUUCCACCUGCUCAGCGCCACACAGUUCCUCCAAUGGACGAGAUGAGAGAGAGCCAUCAGGCCGCCCGUCCUCCCCUGAUCUGGCAGCUUUUUCCUCCUGGACCUCCCCUCCGCUCGCUCAGGCUGAGCAGGUCUCCUCUGUGUCCUCCUCCACGUCCUCGCUACUCUCUGCCGUGGAGAAGUCUUUCAACAGAAAUUCAACUGCCUCCUUCUCUUCUGCGAAAGAGUCGACAUCUCCCUCCAGGGCGUCUGCUUCCACAGCCUCCGUCCAGCGCUCUUCAGUGGGCCGUGCUCCCUCUCCCGGGGAGGGUGGACCUGUCCACAGAGCAGCCUCCGUCUCCUCUCUGAAGAGCACUCAUUCUGUGGAUCAGAGGAAUGUCACCGUCACAGAGACCAGAGGGGCAGAUUCUGCCGCCCCUCAGAAGAAUAGAACUGCGUAUCGGACUGCCUCUUCUUCCUCUUCCUCCUCCUCUUCCUUGUUCCCCUAUCAGCUUUCCACGUCUUCCUCUCUCACCUCCCUGCACAUCUCUGAGGGUUCGUGGACAUCAUUGUUUUGCACUGUAGAGGAAAGUCGAGCAAUCCAUCGCUGCCUUGCUCAGAGCCUCAUGUCACUGGACCCACAAGAGGCAGCCCACCUCCGGAAAACGCCCCACGUUCGCUGUGCCUCCAACCUGACCUCAAAACACUCCGCAGCUACAUCCAGCAAUGGCUACCAGAGACCUGGCUCCCUGUUGUCAACCAAGCAAACACAACGUGAGAGUUCUGUGUUCUCCUCAGCACUUGAUAUAUGUCCCUCUGGAAGGGAGGCAAAAGCUCUUUACUCCUGUGAAGCCGAGCACAGCCAUGAACUAAGUUUUCCACAGGGAGCGCUGUUCUCAAAUGUACACCCCUCUGUGGAACCAGGUUGGCUUCAGGCGACAUACAAAGGCCUAACAGGCCUCAUUCCUGAAAACUACGUCACAUACAUCUGA